AUGUCCUUCUGUCCCGGCCCCGCUGCCCAACACCCAGCUGGGUACAAGUCCACCUAUGUCUGGCUCUGCCCGGAGCGGCCCCGCUUCUGCCUGCUGAGCAAGGAGGAGGGCGGGAGCUUCGGCUUCCACCUGCAGCAGGAGCUGGGCGGGGCCCGCCACGUGGUGUGCAGGGUGGAGCCUGGCACCUCCGCCCAGCGGCAGGAGGGCUGGGCCCUGCCCACCAGGCCCCGCUGUCUGCACCUGGAGAAAGGGCCCCAGGGCUUCGGGUUCUUGCUCCGGGAGGAGAAGGGCCUUGGUGGUCGCCUCGGGCAGUUCCUGUGGGAGGUGGACCCAGGGCUGCCGGCCGACAAGGCUGGGAUGCAGGCUGGGGACCGGCUGGUGGCCGUGGCCGGGGAGAGCUGCUGCUUGUACCCCGGGCCUGGCGGCGGCUAUGGCUUCCGCCUCAGCUACGUGGCCAGCGGGCCUCGCCUCUCCAUCUCCCAGGUGACUCCAGGGGGCUCGGCUGCCCGGGCGGGGCUGCAGCAGGGCGAUGAGAUUCUGGAGGUGAACGGGCGCCCUGUGGACGGAGAGGACGACGUGGACAGGCUCCACCAGCUGGCCGAGGCCGAGCCACCGCUGUGCCUGAAGCUGGGGGCCAGGUCUCCGCGGGGCUGGAGUGGGCUGUAGCCUCGGAUCUGCCGGAGCGCUCCCCUCCUCGGCCCAGGCCAGGCCAGCAGCUUCCCUGCCUUCCGGCUCCAGCGGGGCGGGCGGGAACUGGAGCUCUGGACGCUGGAAAGUCACAGGCUGCCCAGCCUCCCUGCCUUCCAGCCCACCUCCCAGAGGAGGGUGUGGUCAGGGGCCUCCGGUGGCCCACCCCACUGCUCCCCUCGGACUCCAGAGGAAGCCAUGCGGGAACUGUGGACGCAGUGCCCCAGGAUGAAGUUCUGCCUGCGAUGAGUGGUGUGAUUUUGCGAUUUGUAAAACAAAAUACAUAUUUGGUCUUCAGACGCAUUCCUGGCACAGAGCUCCUACAACCCUUGGAAUUUCCUCGGCAAUUAGAGCAACCAAGGGGUCUUUUGUGAUUCAUAAAGUGCUUCUUGCAACCUAAUUUUGUUAAUGAGGUGACUUUUGGAAGCCUCUAAGGAUGGGGAGGGAAUGGUUGCCAGGGGAACCAAUGGGGUUGAAACUUUCUGCCCUACCCCCCUCCUCACCCUCCCUCCUGGGCUCUUGGGAGGGGAGAGGGGCUGGAGCGUUAAUGAACCCCCAGUGAUGUCAUCAGUCAUGCUGCUAUGAAGGCCCAAAACACGUGGAGGUGCCGGGAGGGGAGGGGGCGUCCAUGGCCAGGGCAGGCACUCUCGUGCUCACGCCCGCUCCAGGCGUCUCUACCUUCCGGCUGUUUCUGAAUUGUACCCUGUAUAAUAAACUGGCAAUCGAGUAAGUA